UAUUAUUAGAAGAUGUAAACAUGGAGUACUUAACUAUACUGUCCUACGACCCAUUACAACAAUCAUUGCCCUGAUUUGUGAAUUGACCGAGCAUUACAACGAGGGGAGCUUCGCAUUUGAAGGGGCAUGGUCUUACCUUCUAAUUAUCAACAACGUGUCUCAGGUGUGGGCUCUUUAUUGCAUGAUUCUAUUCUACCACGCUACCAAAGACGAACUUGAACCAAUCAAGCCACUAAGCAAAUUCUUGUGCAUCAAGCUUACGAUUUUUGCCUCCUUCUGGCAGUCUGUAUUCGUCAACAUCCUCGUCGAUACCGGUGCAAUUCAGCCUAAGGAAUCAUGGGGGAUGGACAAAUACGAUUUUGGAAAAGCGAUUCAGGAUUUUCUGAUCUGUAUAGAGAUGUUUCUCGCAGCUAUUGCCCAUUACUAUUCAUUUUCGUAUAAGCCAUACCAGAACGAUGGACCACGUUCUCGGUUUUUUUCGAACUUCAAAAAGAUGUGGGACAUGUCUGACGUCAGAAAGGACAUCACAGAGCACGUAACGGUUGUCGGGAACGACUUCAAGCGGAAAGUUGGGAACAUGGUGGGAAUGGCAAAUGAUUCGGAGGCUGAUGUUUCAACAGUCGUUGAUGACAAUGAUAUUCAAGUUAGUGUGAAGAAGUCAAGGAGAUUUUUCAAAAAGAGAAAACGUUUAGUAGAUGAUAUAAGCAAUAGCCCCGCUGGUACGUCCCCAACGACGCCUAAAAUUGUCGAUGACGACAACAGCCAGGAAAUAUACCCUGUGGUUCUGCCGUCACGAAUUGAUACCGAUCUUGAAACUGACGAGACACCAGAGGGCGCUAUCACAAAUCAUGGCUUUCUUAAUCCACAUUACAGCGAGAUUGAGGAUCAGGAGAUGACUAAGGCUGAAUUCAUUGACCAAUCAGAUUCCUAAUAAAUAUGCAAAAAAUAUGUUAUGCUAAACACUAACUGGGCUACACUCAAAAUAUAAACAAAUCAACAAUUUGAUAGAUCAGUUUGAUUAUGAAAACAAUGUAAUUUAUUUUAUUGUUUUUUAUUUUUUAGCAUAUUUUCUAUAACAAUAACAACAAUAAUUAUUGCUGCGAAGCAGCCAAUUCAUAUUCUUGACAGGAAUUUGACC